UUCUGCGCACAGAUACCAUUAAACUCUUGCCCAACUGAAUUACAGUAAAGUGGCUCCAUGGCCAAAACAGGAAGCAAAUAUGGGUGGGGGCACUGAGCCCUACGCCACUAGUCACCAAGCUUGCACCUAGGAGAAAAGUGAAGUGACCUUUGGAUAUUUCUAAGCCUGUCCCUCAACAGAACCCAGGGCCAUCAUCCUCUAGGGAAAACAAGUUGCCUACAGCAAAAACUGAGAACAGAGAAGCAAGGGAGACUUAGCUGCUGGCAGAACAAAACAUCAUGAAUCCAAUGAAUACGGCAGGCCCCGCGCCCAACUCCGUGUUUGUGGUGACAUCCCCGGAUGGGUACACUGUGUUGCCGUCCGGCAUGACCCAGGUGUAUCCAAGCUACCAGCCCCAAGCAUUUGUGGGUCAACCACCUGCCCAGGGAACCCUGAAAGAAGGCAAAGCCUUAGGGGCCGUCCAGAUCCUGAUCGGCCUGUUUUACUUGGGCCUUGCCUCUAUCAUGGGGACAGUCUUGGCGAGAGGAUAUCUGGCGAUCUCAUUCAAUGGAGGCUUUCCCUUCUGGGCGGGCAUCUGGUUUAUCGUUUCAGGAUCCCUCUCAGUGACUGCAGAAAAACAGCCAAGAUCUUCCUGCCUGCUGAACAGCAGCUUGGGUUUCAACAUCCUCAGUGCCAUCUACUCUCUGGUUGGAAUCUGUCUCUUCACAGCAGAAUUAGUGAUCGCUCCCUCCUUCCUCUGGACCGACCAUCAUUCCCCUCCAUUCUGGAACGUGAUCACAGGAAUAGCGAUAUCUAGCGUGUUUCUCAUCUUCUGCCUCCUGGAAUUCUGCAUCGCAUGUGCAUGUGCCCACUUUGGCUGCCAGCUGGUCUGCUACAAACCCAAAACUGUGGGCAUGGUUAUCCCAAACAUCUAUGUGGCAAACCCAGUGGUCAACCCAGAACCAGAGAAUACGCCACCGGAUUAUUCCAACAUCCAGGGCGACAAAUAAACGAAGCCAAAUGUUCUAGAAACAUUUUUCACGGGGACGGAAAGAGGACCUCCCCUUGCUGGGCUUCUGAAACAAGAUGCUGUCUUCUCUGAUCACCUUUAAAAAACGUCUGUCCAAGCACAUGCGUCCUGAACUUCAUUCCAUUCAACCUGGGAGAUCAUGCUGUGCUCUGAGGGUUUGGGAUGGAAAUGCUGUAAAAAUUUGGUUGUGAUGAUUGUUGUACACCUAUAAAUGUAAUAAAAUCCAUUAAGUAAUUAAAAAUAAAUAAACAAAUAAGUAAAUAA